AUGCACCUCACGAUGGUGCGCGAAACCCAGACGGAAACGUCUAUCGCAACCCCGCGCGACCUUUUCGGUGGCGCAAUGACGCUCUCCCUUCCUCCUUUUUUUACGGAUGUAUCCCGACUGCGCGGAGUCCCUGACAACCAAGAAGCAUUUGCACAUGCUGAAACCGAUCGAUCUCUCAUUGUCGAGCUUCUGCAACAAGAACAUCCACUUCCUGUUGCUCACACCCUCGCAGCGACUUUUCAUCUUGAUGAACUCGCUUCUGACUCAGCCGCCCUAUCUUCAAAUCUUGUCUAUUCAGCCGCCCUCCCUCCCGACGACUUUCCAUUAUUGAAACAAGGAGACCCCGCACUUCAGGUUUCCGUUGCUCAUGGCGUUCACACUGUUGCAAAGUUUAAAGACGCUGAAUCGCUCGCUAGUCAGGUUAACGUUCAUCUCGCUUGCAUCACGCUGCCAAGAGUGACGACCGAUUUGCUUGUGGUAUUCAAUGAUCCUGUUGUCCUUCACCCAUGGGGUUCUAGCGCGAGGGUUGGAUCCCAAGUUGCUAAUUCGCAGGAAUCUAAUCCCGAGAGAAGGGCAGAACUUUUUGAUCAUGCUCUUCGUACACUUCAAGUUAACGACUGGUCCCUCUUCUGCUAGUAUCCAUUUUGCAUCCCCCACAUUAUGCGAACUAGACAUGGGUGGCACGGCACACUUUGCCGUAGCACAAGAAUGUGCAGUUAUCAGAUGAUGCACUUUCGUGUUCUCUGUCGCAUUGCGUCUUUUCUUCCGAGUGCACAGCUUUCUUCCCAUAUGCUUGAGGGGCACAGCAGAAGUAGCUUAUAACCAUCUUCUCGGUAUGUGACGUAUGACGCACCAAGACAAUAUCUUCAUCAACGCUCAUUGCAAGGCCUUCAUAUACUCGGAUCCAGACAAGUGCAUGUCUUUGAUGUGACCAUUACAUAUAUAUCCCUUUUCUUCGCUUCUUACUGGUGGUCUGCCUCAUCAUCUGUCUCUCCCACUUGUGACACAACGGGAUACGGGAACUUAUGUCUUUCUUUACUAGUAGUUCUGGAUUGAGGCUGCUCCGAACACGUGCCCUCGUGCAGCGGGGUUUUCAGGGAGAGAAGUUGACGCCCGCAAGGUUUCCUAGGCUUCAACCUGUGAAGGAUGGUGAGCGCACAGAUUCGUGAGUUGUACGCAACAGUAUGUCAGCCCCCGAUAGCAUGCAUCGAUGCUCAUGACGUCAGGGUCAAUCGAGUUAACUAGGGGCAAGCACAUGGGAAGUUCACCGCGUGGGCAACAACAGAUAUUCCCAAAACGGCCCGCUACCACACUCAGGUGUAGUCCCGUCCUCUAGCCCAUGUGGCUACAGUAAUGGCGACCACAUUUCAUGACGGUGGUUGACGUCUUUCACAAUAUGAGAUAUGUCAAGAAGGUCUUAGAAGGACGUAUCGCAAGUCAAUUCUGGUCUUGUUGUUGACGGACUGCGGUAUUCAUCAUUAAUCGUAAGAGACUUGAAGAGUCCACUGUGAUUGACUGCGAGCUACGUUAUUUAUUUUGAAGAGUGUUAUUUCGUCUGUUGGCUCGUUGCAAAUGCCUGUUCUCUGUCGUAGAAUGAGUAGCAGUAAGUAAGACCCAGGACUAGAGCUGUCAUCUGCCGACCCAAUGGUUCGCAAACUGUAGCAGUUCUCAUAUCGCUCAUUCAGGAAUGUUUGCGAAGUCGACACAUUUUCUUUCUUUUCAUAUCUAGCGUUGUUGAGCUCCUUUUGAGUGAACGAAUUAUGAUGAUGGCCUUUCUUAGUGUGACGAUAAUCUUGCACUUCGUCAAGUUACUCUGGCGACGAAAGAGGAACCGGAGUUUUCCGGAAUUACUGGUGGCAUUCCGCUUCGUCAGUACACACAAAUCGCUUGCCGUCUAGGGACAUCCAAAGCCGCGGCUCAUUCGAAAGGCAAGGAAGGGCUGCUCAUGACGCACCCUUCUGUAUUUGUUAAAAUGCUGUCAACUUUCGGAGAAUACCUCAAGAUGCAUGUGAAAAUGAUCAGAUCAGAACUGUUCCCGGUCUGUAUGGGGUACGAUGUAGACAAAGCAAUGAAAAUUACAGAUGCAAAGCUUUCAUGAUCGACUCCCGAGACAAGAAAGACGUAAAUCAUAAUUUACAGAUGGGAAUUGGUGCAAGUCAAGUUACGAAAUUCCUUCUAUACAGAGUGCCUAGCUUGGUGCAGCUAUCGUUUGUAGCUGUGCAAGUAGCAGCACCGAAAGCACCUCACCGGGUUUACUUCGAAUAUAGUGAUGUGUUGCCUCUGUCAUAUAGAAAUCCCUGGACAUGGUACUUUUUUUUCCUUUUAGAUACAAACCAGACUUUCAAAAGUAGUGAUACGAAGUUGUGGAGCACAAGCACGACUUCACCAUCUUAGGAAAUCUGAAAAAAAGAUUGUUCGCCGGGCAAUACAUGUAAAUUACUUACUGAGUCUUUCCGGCAGAGCAAAUUGCUCGUCAAAAA